AUGAAUGUGUCAAAUUUGUCUUUUAAAAGAGCUGAGAUGAGCUUCACCGAGCACCCAGGAUCCAGCAGUUCUCGACCGCCGUCAGUCAACGGGUGGUGCAGGCGACGGAAGAUGGUGGCCAAGGGGGAAGGUUGCGGUCGCGAUGGACGAUAUCCAGUGGCCAAUUUUGAACAACUGUCCAUCACAGGAGUGUCGCGUGUGGUGACGCGGGAUGCUGCGUGGUGGCUGCGGGUGGUGUGGACGUUUGUGCUGCUCACUUGCACAGGACUGACGCUGUACCAGGUGAUCAACCGCGUGCUCUACUUCCUGUCCACUCCCGUCAGCGUCAACGUGCAGGUCACCCGCAACGUUAGCCUCAGGUUCCCGCACGUGACGCUGUGCAACAAGAACGAGUACAGCAUGCGUGCUCUCCGCCGGCUGCAGCAGGACCUUGCCAAUCAGGAGGGCGUAUCGAACCUGACGGAGGUGAUGGCAUGGCAGCCGAAGGACCUGCUGCAGCUCAAUGGCAUGGAUGCUCAUGUAUUAUGGAACCUUACAAAGCAUGCCAGAGAGGACUUAGUCCAGGAGUGCUGGUUUGGGCGCGGCGUACGUUGCGAAGAAGUAGGCCAUUGGCGCUCUGUGCUCACUGUCAUGGGCGUGUGCUACCAGUACAGCACCGACAAUCCUGUGACAUCAUCAGGAAAGUUCAACAACCUGUAUAUGAAUCUGCAAGACAUGGAGGAAGAGGUCUCUUUUAACGGAGAGCGGGGCUUCAAGAUUCUCAUCCAUGACCCCAGGGACGAUCCCGUCAUCGACGUGCGCACGCACGGCACCAGCGUCGACCAGGGCUGGGGGAAGGACGUGCGAGUCGCUGUCAGGGAGUUCGCGACACUGCACACCAGCCGGCGCCCGUGUGUGGAAGAGCCCACAUACUCCUCCUCCCAGUGCAUUGCGCUUUGCUUUCUUCGCGCCCUCAUACACGACACCGAAUGCCGCAUGCCCUACAUGACAGGAAUCGGAGGCUCUUGGUGCAGCAACAGCACCGAAUAUCGCCUGAGUCUUGAGAGCGAGUGGCGGCUAUUAUUCAUGGGGGGCUGGAAUGCGGGAGAAUGCGGGUGCCGCAAGCAGUGCAACGAAGAUAUUUACACGAUGUUUAAUGAAGCCGCUCAAGGGAAUCCUCGCUCUGCCAAGAUCCGGGUCUUCUUCCAGGAUCUAACGUUCGAUGAAGUGUCGGAAGAUCUAGCAUACAGCGCGGUGGCCUUACUGUGUGACAUCGGAGGAACCCUGGGGCUUCUGCUUGGGGCUUCAGUACUCACCUUCUUCGAGAUCGUCGAGAUAACUUUCUGCAAGCUCCUGACGUACAUCCGCACGCCAUGCGCGCUACGAGCCAACUGAAGAAAGCAACCGCCAACCAUGGUUGAACUAGUAUAAGGUUGACCCAUCAGAAGCCCAUUUUUGCGGAUAUAGUUCGUUGUCCGCCGGUGACGUCGCUGAUCUCAGCGAGGUCACGGGCAUAAACCAAUCACCGAAAUGCGAUCAAACCAGUCAAC